UCCUAGUAUCAGGCUGUGAGGAUAAUAAUAUUGCUACUGUUUUAUAUUAAAAUUCCUACAUUUUUUCAGCGACAUUAUAGUAAAAACAAAUACAUUUCCAACGGACAUAGUCAUCAAAUUGGGACUCCUCACAGUGAUUCCGGUGGCCAACGAAAAAUAUGGCGCUUACUGGUAUCGCCGCCAUACUAAUACGGUUCAGCCCCGCCAUCAAUGUGCUUGUCUUGGUACUUUUGCGGGUGUUGAUCGGGCUCUAUCGACCCGACAUCGUGGACCCUGAAUCCAGGGUGAAACCAGUACUUCCGGCUGACUUGCAAAGGAGUUACGAUUUCGUGAUAAUCGGGGGUGGGUCAGCCGGUUCGGUGAUCGCUAAUCGUUUAUCAGAAAAUGGUAACUGGUCGGUGCUCCUGCUGGAAGCCGGUCAGGAAGAGCCAGAGGUAUCCGAUGUACCCAUGGCGUUUGCGUCUCUUCAGCUGUCUCCAGUGGACUGGCAGUUUAAGACGGAACCAUCGAACCGUUCUUGCUUAGCGAUGAACAAUCGACAGUGUAACUGGCCACGCGGCAAGACUCUCGGUGGUAGCAGUGUGUUGAACGCGAUGUUGUACAUCCGUGGCAACAAGAAAGACUACGACGAAUGGGAGAGGUUAGGUAAUCCAGGCUGGAACUACGAGAGCGUGCUACCCUACUUCAAGAAGUCAGAGAAUAUGACAAUCGAAGAGUACAAGAAUUCCCCUUAUCACAGUACCGGUGGAUACCUAACUGUCGAGUAUUUUAAGCAUCGGACUCCUAUAGUGGACUAUUUAGUAAAGGCAGGCAAAGAUAUGGGAUACGAUGUUGUGGACUCGAAUGGGCCCAAACAAACCGGAUUCACAUUUUCCCAUGGCACGUUGAGAGACGGACUGCGUUGUAGCACUGCAAAAGCUUUUCUUCGAUCAGUUUCGAAGAGAAAGAAUUUACAUGUCAGCUUGCAGUCGACUGCAGAAAAGAUUGUGGUGUACAAAGAUGGAGAAUCGAAGACCGCGCAUAGCGUCCAAUUUCGUGUUGAAUCGAAACUCUACAAGGUAAAAGCGAGGCGCGAGAUCAUUUUAUCCGCUGGCGCGGUACAGUCACCACAAUUGCUGAUGGUGUCCGGUAUUGGUCCAAAAGAUCACCUGAAUGAAGUGGGAAUCCCAUUGGUGCAUGAUUCGCCUGGUGUGGGUCAAAAUCUUCAGGAUCACAUAUCGAUAGGCGGUAUGGUUUACCUUAUAGAUCCACCAGCGAAUUACACGGGCGAAGAGCAUUUUUCAUUUAAUCUGCCGAAAACCCUUACGGUGAAUGCUUUUAAGGAAUUUACUAUGAAUCAUAAUGGACCUCUGUAUGCGUAUCCGUUUAGUGAAGGGAUGGCCUUCAUUAAUACCAAGUAUGCAAACAAAUCGGAAGAUUAUCCGGAUAUACAGUUGUUCCUGUCAACUAUAACCGAUAACACAGACGGUGGAAUUUUUGUUAAGAGUGAUUGCAACGUAAACGAUGAGUUUUUUGAAAAAAUGUACCAAAAUAUACUGUUUCAAGAUGGAUAUCAGAUCAUGCCACUUCUACUAAGACCUCGAAGCAGAGGAUACAUUAAACUCCGUUCCAAGGACGUGCAUCAACCCCCAAUUAUCGUUCCUGAUUACUUUAAGCAUCCUCAGGAUCUUAAUGUUCUGGCUGAUGCAGCGAAGUUCAUUUACGAACUGAGCCAGACCCCGACAAUGAAGCUGCUGAACACACGACCGAACCCGAACCUUAUUCCAGGAUGCUCGGAAUUCCCAUUCCCAUCGGAGGAUUACUGGAAAUGUUUCGCUCAACAUUAUUCAAUGACGAUUUACCAUCCAAGUGGGACAUGUAAAAUGGGACCUGCGAAAGACCCAAUGGCUGUCGUCGAUCCUAGACUAAGGGUUCACGGAAUUUCUAGACUACGGGUGGUUGAUACUUCGAUUAUGCCGAACGUCUGUUCUGGAAACACGAAUGCGCCGACUAUUAUGAUAGCUGAAAAGGCUGCAGACAUGAUUAAGGAAGAUUGGGGGUGGAAAUAAAUAUAAUGAUCUUUAAUAACUGUAAUGUACUGUAAAUGUAAACAACCGACUUUAUUUAGAUUUACAGUACAUUAUAAUUACAGAUUCCUCUCGAUUAUCGUUUGACUUGUUCUAUUCGAUUAUUGUCCUGGCAUUAUCCUUACG